AUUUAUUUAAGAAUAUUUACACGAUAUAAACAGUAAAACCACGCACGGUAGUACCGUAUCUUUGUACUGUUCACACUGAUUCUACAACAAGUCAACCAUGGGAAACUUUCUAUCAUCAGAAGCCCCUGCCGGCGAGGCGUCCGGAUACCUAUACCCCGACCCAAGCGACCCGAAAUUGAAGGCGCAGAGUGUGAUAGCACCGGGUGGUAACUGGGGUGCAGAUGCUCACCGCUGUCCCAAAUAUGUUGAUGGCAAAGCCGAAUGGACUGACCUUAUCACAUCCGGCACACCCGGUCGCGAGACCUGCUACGCGAACUUCCAAGCGACGGCCAAAGAACAGGGGGACAAGCCAUGGCUGGGCACUCGUAAGGUGCUUUCUGACGGAAAGCCCGGACCUUACGAGUUCAUCACAUACGGCGAAGGCGCUAAGCUGGCCGAGCAGAUCGGAAGUGGUCUAAUGAAGUUGGGUGUUGCGCCUAAGAGCCCUUUUGGAGUAUAUUCCAAGAAUCGUACCGAGUGGCUACUUGCUGAACAAGGAGCUAACUGCUACAGCAUCCCCACCGUAGCCAUCUACGACACCCUGGGCGCAGAUUCAGUGCACUACGUAAUGGAGCACUCUGAGAUGGUUGGCGCUUUCUUCGAGAGCAAGCAACUGUCAGUUGUAUUGGGAGCCAUCAAGAAGGGCUUGCCAAACUUCAAGGUUGCAAUUAGUUUCGAUGAGGUCACCGAAGAGGAUAAGGAAGACUACAAGGAUGUCGGCGUUGAUCUCUACCCGAUCACCGAGUUAUAUGCCUUGGGCAAGGAUAAUAUCGUUCCUCACCAGCCUCCCGGCCCGGAUGAUUUGCACAUUCUUAUGUACACAUCCGGUACCACAGGCGCUCCUAAGGGUGUCAUGAUCACUCACCGCAGUAUAGUGUCACUGCUUGUGGGGCUUGCUAACGUUAUGGCUUUGACUAGUAAUGAUGUCCACUUCUCCUUCUUGCCGCUGGCCCAUAUUUUCGAGCGUUUGACUCAGACAUACUGUGUGCGAUGGGCCUGCUCAGUCGGAUUCUUCCGUGGUGUCAUCCCCGAGCUUAUGGCGGACGUGCAGGCUCUGCGACCCACCUACUUUGUUGCCGUACCUCGUGUGCUAACACGCAUCUAUGACAAGAUCAUCCAGGGUGUUAAGGCCGCUGGAGGAGUCAAGGAGAUUCUCUUCAACAAGGCAUUUGCUGCCAGAGAUGCCGCUCUAAAGAACGGAGAAGACACACCUAUCUACAAUGCGCUUAUCUUUAACAAGCUGAAGAUGGCGCUCGGAGGUCGUGUUCGUUUCAUUCUUACCGGAUCUGCACCCCUGGACCCCACAGUGCACAACUUUUUGCGCGUGUGCGUGUGUCCCGUCAUUUUGCAAGGGUAUGGACUAACAGAGACCUGUGCUGGUGCUGCCAUCUCCUUGACAACAGAUGUUGAGCUCGGCCAUGUAGGUCCCCCUCUGAAUGUGUUCGAGACGAAGCUCGUGAGUAUCCCCGAUAUGAACUAUCUCACUACUGACGAGCAGCCUCGUGGUGAGGUGUGCAUCCGUGGAGCAGGUAUCUUCCAGGGCUACUUCAAGAUGCCCGAGAAGACCAAGGAAGACAUUGACGAGGAGGGUUGGUUCCACACCGGUGAUGUUGGUCGCUGGAACGAUUCUGGAAGUCUGUCAAUCAUCGACCGUAAGAAGUCCAUUUUCAAGCUGGCACAAGGUGAGUAUCUGGCUGCCGAGUAUCUCGAGCAGCAGUACGGCAAGUGUGAGCACGCCGGACAGGUGUUUGUGUAUGGCGAUCCCUUCCGUACCUACCCUCUGGCAGUGAUUGUUCCUGAGGAGGAGGUGGUUAUGCUAUGGGCGAAGGCAAACAAGGUCAGUGGAAGCUUCAAGGAGAUUUGUAAAACGCCAGAGCUAAAGGCUCUACUGAAGGCGGAGGUUGUCGAUGUGCACAAGACAUACAAGCUCAAGGGAUACGAACUGGUCAAGGACUUCAUCGUCGAGUCCGAGGUUUUUACUGUGGAUAACGAGUUGCUUACUCCCACGUUCAAAUUGAAGCGUCCUAACGCUACCAAGAAAUACCAAGCGGCACUCACUGAGAUGUACGACAAGGUCGAUGCCGAACUUGCCGCCCGCCAAGCCAAGAAAUGAGCGAGCCUGAUAUACCACAAACAACAUGUACUACAAACAAAGCUAUAGGUCAAAUGGUCUGGGAGAGGUCUGAUUCGUCGAAAUCACAAUUGGGAAGUAACCGGAUGAAAAGUCAGUGAGUGCAAAAUUUGCGAAAUUUGGAGCCGUUGAUGCUUCUUAUGGCAAUGAAAACGCUGUGCGAAACUCAUGAUCGCUUGGAAUGAAACCCUUCGAAUGCUGUCCCAACUCCCUUCAGCAAGAACGAUACAGCAUUGCUGCAUGUUCUAAUAAUAAAGAGUCCAUAGUACCAUUC